GGAAAGGAGCCGGGAUCAGCCCGGGCACCGAAGGGGCAACAUGAGCCGGAGGGAGGGGAAAAAGGUGGAUUUCCAGUCCCAACCCUCGGUCUCACCCCUCUCCCAUCUCGAAGCAAAGAUCGUUCAGACCCACAACCUCGCCCGGCUCCUCACUGGCUACGCUGAGCAGCUGUUCCAGGAAUAUGUCCAGCACCAAGGUGACCCGUUCGGUCUGCCCAGCUUCUCUCCCCCGAGGCUGCCCGUGCCCGGCCUGAGCGCCCCGGCGGCCUCCCACGUGGCGCUCCCCACCCUCCAGCGGCUGCAGCUGGACUCAGCCGCCCUGAGCGCCCUGGCCCCGCUCCUCGACGCCAUCCACCUCCUCCAGGCCGACCUCCAUCCCUACGCCCGGCGGCUGCUGCGACACUUGGACGAGGCCUCCCGCCGGACCCGGGCGUUAGCGGGGGCCGUAGAGGCCUUGCUGGGGGCGCUGGGGGGGGGGCGGGGGACCGCAGGGAGCCCCCCGGCCCAGCCCUCCCAGGCCCCCGGCGUCUUUCUGGCCAAGCUUCUCGGCUACCAAGUGUGCAGGCUGUACCUGGACUGGGUGACCCGUACGGAGGAGGACUUGGGACGGCUGACGCGGGGCGAGGAAACUUGAUGAGAGGGGGGACGGGGGAGGCUCAGCCCCCUCUCGGGGGGGUCGACGUGUCCCUGACAUGUCCGCCAAGCAGUUCUGCCUCCCUCUUGAUCUCCGGGCGCCUUUCUGUGCCCCUCAGUCUCCUGUGCCUCUGACCCUCUGGCUCAUUCUCCGUACUACCAGCCAGGUUUAGGUAGGCCCAGAAAGGCGGUGAACGCAUCUGGCCGUCUAUCUGUCCGUCUCUCUCUGGAGCCCCUGGGCAGAUUUCUAGCCCAAUUUCAAGGACAAAGCGUCCCCCCACCCGUCGUCCUCCCCCUUCUUCCUCGGUAGGCCUCCUCUUCCUGAUCUUUCCGUCUCCCCUCAACACCCCUCCCCUACCACACCCGAGUCACGAGAUGUGUGAAAAAUCUCUUGCAAAAGAGAUUUUUAUUGCAGAAAAAUAAAUUAAU